AAUAUAUAUAAAAAAAAAAAAAAAGUUCAAUGUCCAAGUGAAAGUCUAUGUCAGUCUAAGAUGGACCGGGCCGUCGACGUGUUGGUGCAGAACAAAAAAGUGGUUCUGCUGAUCGGCGGAACCGCCGUUGCAGCUCUGGGGCUCUACGCCGGAUAUAAAUACCUGUGGAGGCCAGAAAAAGCUGUUCGCGUGGGUGUAGUGUCGCAGCUCCUCAUUCACCCUCUCAAAUCUGGCAAAGCGGUGCCCGUGGCUGAAGCAGAAUGCCAGAAAAUGGGGCUGAAGUUUGGAGAGCUGCAGGAUCGACACUGGCUGGUGGUGACGGAGGAUGGUCACAUGGUGACGGCCCGGCAGGAGCCUCGGCUGGUGCUGGUGUCUCUGAACUGUGAGCGAGGUCAGGCCAGUCUGAACGGACCCAACAUGGAGGAGCUGAGGUUCCCCAUCGAACAGCCCAACAACCCCAUCAUCGGCUGCAGAGUCUUCAGCGCUGACAUCCAGGGACGGGACUGUGGGGACAAAGUGUCUCAGUGGCUCACCUGUUAUCUCGGUUCGGAGAAAACCGUUCGCUUGGUGCACUUUGAACCUCACAUGACGCCGAGGAACUCGCCAGAACCUUUGUUCCCUAAGAGCGAGCAAGUGGCAUAUCCAGAUGUGGCGCCUGUGAUGCUGCUGUCAGAGGCCUCCGUUAAGGAUCUGAGCAGUAAGCUGGAUAACGGAGUGACCGUGGAGCGUUUCCGCCCGAGCAUCGUGAUAAGCGACUGUAAACCAUUCGAUGAGGAUACAUGGGAACAGAUCCAGAUUGGCAACGUGCGACUGCAGCGUGUAAUGUCAUGUGGAAGGUGUAUUCUCACCACGGUCGACCCAAACACGGGUGUAAUCAGCAGAAAAGAGCCUCUGGAAACACUGAAAAGCUAUCGUCUGUGCGACCCGUCCGAGAAGCACAUCUACAAAAAGGCCCCGCUGUUCGGACAGCUGCACACGGUGAAGAAGACGGGGACGCUUAAGGUCGGAGACGAGGUUUACAAGAUCAGCCGCUGAGAGACGGGAAGCCAGAGAGAGGGGAAACGUGACCUCAGAAUCAUUCAGAAGACGAGAAGAGGUGCAUCUAAUUACACCUGGUUUAUAGUAAUUGUAAAGGAAGAGGUUAUUAAAGUUGUGAAGACACAAUGAGAAAAGGGGGCUGUGAGUCACAGAGACACAAAUAUCCUUUCAUAAGAGUUCGUGGUGUAGUUUUUUUUUUGUAUUAAUUGUCAUUCCACGGGGCUGCGUCUACGUCUGAUGAGCUAUCGAGCAACACUAAUGAGAUUUGAAUUAGACACAUUUCAACACAACAGCGGCACAUUGUGCCCACUGUUUAUUAAACCCACUGUUUAUUAAAUCUCAAAGGCUCAUGCUGUUAUUCAUGGGUGAAAUGAAAAUUGCCCGAAGUGUUUGCUUUGUAAUGUUCCCUGGAAUAAACAAGUAAGAGAAGAACUGCUGGAGCUUUGGUCACCACUGAAAUGAAAAUAAAAAAAAUAAAUAAAU